AUGUCUGCUAACGGAUUCAAAGAGGUUAGUGAAAACUUAAGUCACAAAAUCCAACAAAACCCAUAUGGACCCAACCCAGCUGAUUUCUUGUCAAAUGUUGGAAAUUUUCAACUUAUUGAAAGUACAUUAAGAGAAGGUGAACAAUUUGCCAACGCAUUCUUUUCUACUGAGACCAAGAUUGAAAUAGCUAAAGCUUUGGAUGAUUUUGGGGUUGAUUAUAUUGAGUUGACAUCGCCAGUGGCUUCUGAACAAAGUAGAAGGGAUUGUGAAGCCAUUUGUAAAUUGGGAUUGAAGGCUAAAAUCUUGACUCAUAUUAGGUGUCAUAUGGAUGAUGCCAGAGUUGCCGUUGAGACUGGAGUUGAUGGAGUUGAUGUUGUUAUUGGAACUUCACAAUUCUUGAGACAGUAUAGUCACGGUAAAGAUAUGAAUUAUAUCGCUCAAAGUGCUAUUGAAGUUAUUGAAUUUGUUAAAUCAAAGGGAAUAGAGAUUCGUUUCUCCAGUGAAGAUAGUUUUAGGUCAGAUUUGGUUGACUUGUUGAACAUCUAUCGUACAGUUGAUAAAAUUGGUGUCAAUAGAGUUGGUAUUGCGGAUACUGUUGGUUGUGCCAACCCAAGACAAGUUUAUGAAUUAGUACGUACUUUGAAAUCAGUGGUGAAUUGUGACAUUGAAUGCCAUUUCCAUAAUGAUACUGGAUGUGCUAUUGCAAAUGCGUACACUGCUUUGGAAGGUGGUGCCAAAUUGAUUGAUGUUUCAGUAUUGGGUAUUGGUGAGCGUAAUGGUAUAACACCACUUGGUGGAUUAAUGGCAAGAAUGAUUGCUGCUGAUCGUGAUUAUGUCUUGUCUAAAUACAAAGUUCACAAGAUUAGAGAUUUGGAAAAUUUAGUUGCAGAAGCUGUCCAAGUCAACAUUCCAUUUAAUAACCCCAUUACUGGAUUCUGUGCUUUCACUCACAAAGCUGGUAUCCAUGCCAAGGCAAUUUUGGCUAAUCCAUCAACUUAUGAGAUUUUAAGUCCUAGUGAUUUUGGAUUAACGAGGUAUAUUCAUUUUGCCAAUAGGUUGACUGGAUGGAAUGCAAUUAAAUCAAGAGUUGAUCAAUUGAAUUUACACUUGACUGAUGCUCAAUGUAAAGAAGUUACUGAAAAGAUUAAGAAAUUGGGAGAUGUUAGACAAUUGAACAUUGAUGAUGUUGAUUCAAUUAUCAAAGAUUUCCAUUCGGACUUGUCUACUCCAUUGGUUAAACCAACAAGUAAUGGAUUGCCCAAAGUACCACAUGUAUUGGAAGGAUUAGAAGAAUCAGACGAAAAGAGAACAAAAACUGAAUAA